CAAGGUUUGCAAAGAACUCCAAAAUAUCUCACAGGUGCGAAUCGAUCAUGGAAACCUGAACUUAUAAUCCAAUAAAAGUUUCCUUAAUCACACAAUCAGCGCUGGGAUGAUAAAGUGAAACAUCUGUAUUAAUUAAAGUUUGGAGUUUGAAGCUUAACUUUCCUAUGGGGCAUAAGGGAAAUCAGUUACUCCUGAAGCAAUUGGGUUCCUCUCUGCUGUUGGGGUCUUUAUAGUUCUCCUUGCAGUCCUCUCCCUCUUCAUCAACAAGAAGCUCUGUUUUGAAAAGAUUGGAGGUCUUCCCUGCUUGGAGCAACAGGGGAAGCACAAGCACUACAAAGAAAAAUCUGGGGUUCGGGAAAGUCUUGCUCACAGAGCACUGAAUCUGAUACACUGGCAAAGAGGAACAGCUGGAAUUUAUGACCAUCACAGGUUUUGUUCAUUAAAUAUAUAAAAGUAUGGCUUCAGAGGAUGUCUUAAGCUUCUUCCAGCCUUUUUCCUCCUGGAUAUCUCGAGUCUAUGAAGCUUUCCAGCAAGCAGGAGAAUCCUUAUCUUCUUCGUUGAAUAAUCUGGGAAGCAAACCAGAUCAAAAUGAAUUUGAUGGGGAAGAUGAGGAUUUAGAAGACAGUGAUGGGCUUUAUGAACGCUACUCUGUAGCUUCUGAUGAUGACAGUACUUCAAGUCAGGAGAGUGAGGAAUCUCAUCAUUCUUCAUCAUCCUAUCAAGAUCUUGCUUCACCUGAAUCUUCAGAUCUUGAUUUGUAUUGGCCUGAGCAGAAAGGAACCCUCCCCCACACCUCGGAGGAAUACUUUGAGGAUACCUCCCAUGAAGCCUACCAAAGUUACAAGAGUUAUCAAGCUAUGGAAGCUCUCCCCACUAUCCCUGAGGAGGAGGAACAUCUCCACUCCAAGCAAAUUAAGAACCUUUCAUGUAGCUGGGAUGAUUUAGAUGGGUUCAGUCACCUGAGUUACCAAGACAACCUGUCUUCUCAUGAAGAUGACCUUCAAUCCAUCAGUUCGAGAGUGGUGGAGAGCAGGAGCUCUGGGCAGCCAAAGGACUCUGAGGUGGAUGUUAGUGCAACACCCAGCCUCAGCCGACAAGAAACUGAAGGAAGUUUGGAAAUGGAAACAGCUUUCAGCAACCAAGGAUUUGAAGGGAAUGAUGAAACUGACAGCUCAUCAGCUUGGAGUCCAGAGGAACAUGAAGAAGCAAAUGUCCUUCCAGCUCAUACUAGUGCCUAUGAGCCAAUUUCAAGAUGUGGUGACUUAGAUAUCAUCUUUGAUUACAAACCAUCGAGCCAGAAAUUGGUGGUGACUAUUAUCGAAGCUAAAGAUAUACCAGACAAGGACCGCAGUGGAGCAAGUACCUGGCAGGUACACACAGUCCUGAUGCCCAGCAAGAAACAGCGAGGGAAGACAAGUGUCCAGAAAGGGCCCAACCCAAUGUUCAAGGACAAAGUGACCUUCACUAAGUUGGCACCUGAAAUGCUGAGCAGCUACGCUCUCCGGUUCCGCCUCUAUUCUGUGCGCAAAAUGAUGAAGGAGAGAAUGAUGGGGGAGCAGUUGUUUUAUCUUAGCCACCUCAACCAAGAGGGGGAAAUGAAGACAACGCUGGUUCUGGAACCAAGGAGCAACUUAUGUAGUGGAGGCUCCCAACUGAGUCUCUCGGUCAUCUCUCACAGUGACAGUGCUUCUUCGACCCAGUCUCUCUCCCACGGAGGAAUUCCAGAACUGCUGGUCGGACUAUCCUACAAUGCUACAACAGGCAGACUGUCGGUUGAGAUGAUCAAAGGCAGCCACUUCCGGAACCUUGCUAUGAACAGACCACCAGAUAGUUAUGGAAAACUCUGCCUUCUGAACUCUGUCGGUCAAGAAAUGUCUCGUUGCAAGACAUCUGUUCGACGAGGACAGCCAAACCCUAUCUACAAAGAGACGUUUAUCUUCCAAGUUGCCUUGUUCCAGCUCUCAGAUGUCACCCUGAUGAUCUCCAUUUACAAUCGCCGCAGUAUAAAGCGCAAAGAGAUGAUUGGCUGGAUUUCUAUGGGUCAGAACAGUAGUGGAGAAGAAGAGUUAAGUCAUUGGCAGGAGAUGAAGGAAUCUAAAACACAGCAAGUGUGUAGGUGGCACAUGCUCCUGGAGUCUUAAUGGAAACCUUUCCAACAGGUGCAGGGCAUCUGUCUUCCCAGCAUUUGACAUAUAAAGGACUAUAUCAUCGGUUUAUGUUAUAACUGGACUUCUGAUGCUCUUUAC